GCCCUGGAAAACCACGCCAGUCAUUUUUGUUUUGAUAAGGAUAAAAAAGAGCGUGGCCUGAGAAAAUUUGCACAAAUCACACAAAAAGCGCCACAAACAAUUGCAAAAACGUUGCAAAGUGUGUGGAAUGUUGUGCCGCGCAAAGUGUACACCAUAUUGAGCGCCACAGCGCAUACGUGGAACGCAACGUGUGGCCGUUGGCAAAGCAGCAGCCGCGACUGAAACGAGCAGACAUCUAAAAUAACAAACCGACGGGGUGCUUGUGCAAAUGGCUGCGACUUUUCGACUUAAUUGUAUAACAUUACCUUCAUGAGCAGACAAUAAAAUAACAAAGCUGACGCUCGAGCAGACGAUUCUCGAUUCUCGAAUACCUGAAAGGGCGCGACUCAAUUAACGAAAGCAAGCAAGUACAAUGCAUUUGAACCAUGCGACGGCCGCGACAGCUGCUAUGGCCAACUAUCAGCACUAUGCGCCUUCACAGCUUGCCACGCAUAGCGUUGGUGGCGGUGGUGGCGGAGGCGGUGGUGGAGGCGGCGGCGGUGGAUCUGGUGGCGGUGGCAUCGGUCCGAACAGUUUACAACAGCCAACGACUAUUGCGAGCCUGCAGCAGAGCCCGUUUGCGCUGCAUCAAUUGACCGCCGUGCAGGCCAUACAGCAUCCCACCCAUCAAGCCAUGCUACAUCCACAGCAUCCGCUUGUCCACCUGCUUGAUAUUUCGACAACUACAACGAACAGCGGUGGCAAUCACACGCCCAUAUCGCCCAUGAAACAGGAGGUACAGAGCGUCAUUAGCGAGGAUGAGUCUGUGGUGGACGAUCCGCGCAAGAAGAAACAGUGCCACGUGUGCAAAAACAAGUUCCGGCAGCUGACCACGUUACGCAAUCAUAUGAAAAUACACACAGACGAACGUCCCUAUAAGUGCAAGCAUUGCGACAAGGCCUUCCGACAGAUAUCGACGCUGACAAACCAUGUGAAGAUCCACACAGGCGAGAAACCGUUCACGUGCAAUAUUUGCGCCAAGGAUUUUCGCCAGCAGAGCACGCUCAUAAAUCACAUCAAGACGCAUAAGGCGGCUGAGUCAAGCACGCCGACGUCGCUACUCAACUACCAGCCGCCGUCCUCAUCCGGCAAGCAUAGCCGUAAAUCGCAGUCGAAUCAGAUGCACAACGCCUACCAGCAGCAGCAUCAGCAGCAGCGUGUACAAAUCUCAAAGACUCUAUACUCGGGCACCUAUAGCUCACCACAGGCGGAGGAACUGGUGAAACCGUAUCAGUGCAGUGUGUGCAAGCGUCGCUUCCCGCAGCUGAGCACGCUGCACAAUCACGAGCGGACGCACAUCGAUCCUAAGCCGUACAAGUGCGAGACUUGCGAUAAGUCCUUCAGCCAGCUGGCAACAUUGGCCAAUCACAAAAAGAUACACACCGGCGAUAAGCCAUACACGUGUUCCUACUGCCACAUGCAGUUCCGGCAGCAGAGCACGCUCACCAACCACAUGAAGACGCACACACAUCUCGCCAGCCAGCCAGCCACAGUCACAGCCACAGUGGAUCACUCAACCAUGCCAGCGCCUCUCGCACCCGGCACGCAGCAGCUGACGAGCGGCUUGCUGCCCAACAACCUGCACAGCACAACGCCCAACAUCCUUCAGCUGGACCAUCAUCCUCUGCUACACUUCCUCGAUGGCAGCACGACAGUGAGUUCUGUGGUGGCCAGCAAUGUAGCAGCGGCAGCGGCGGCCAACACUAAAGUCGAACACUACCAGAAUGCUCAGGGUGCUCGGUUGAAUGUAGGCAAUAUAAAUAUGCUGAAAGGCGACAAUCCGGAUCGGCCUUUUGGGUGUAGCGUCUGCCGGCGCUUCUUCUCCCAGCAGAGCACCCUGGUCAAUCACAUCAAAACGCAUACGGGCGAGAAGCCGUAUAAGUGCAAGAUCUGUGAGGUUAGUUUCCGGCAAGUGGCCACGCUCAAUAACCACAUGAAGAUCCACACCGGAGAGAAGCCCUACAACUGUUCCUACUGCCCCAAACAGUUCCGGCAAAAGAGCACGCUACAAAAUCAUUUGCGGGUCCACACGUGCUAGACUAUCUUCGGCCAGUGAACGCGUCGUAGCCCCAAGCCCUAGCCCGAGCCCGCUCGCCCGUAUGUCUGUCAGCCAGUCAAGUAGCCAUUGAGGAAUCGUGCAAUAUGCAUAAGCACAUACAGUUAUACUAGAUACAGAUCGGAUAUAUGCAUAAGUACAUAAAGUACGUACAUACAUUAAAUACAUACAAACAUGCAUAAAAACAAACAUUUACAUAUAUGUACACAUAUAUAUUUGAAUAUAUACUCGAAAAGUGUUAUUUACCUGCUGUGCAGAGCGCAAUUGUAUGUAAACUAUAGUAGAGCUGAUCCACAUGCAUGUCCAACUGUAAGUUAAGUCUAGCCGUACGCGUACAUACAUAUUUGUACAUGCAUAUAUAUACAUAUAUAUAUAUAU